AAGGUGGUCUUGGAUAGCAUUGGAAUGAUGUAGGGACCGAGGGGUGGGCUAUAGUCGGAUACCCGGAGCCCAUAAAAAGGACGGACGAACGUCUGUAGCUCUUCACUGUAGUGCCUUUACAUGAGCAAAGAGCCGGUUGAUUCUCUCUCUCUCUCGCUCGCUCGCUCGCUCUUUGGCUGGUGUUUUUGCUCUACGGCAGACCUUUUUGUGCGUCAUCCCAGCCAACGUUGUUCCGUUUGAUCGAUUGACCCGCUGCGCUAUACUCCAGCCGCCGCCCGUCUGCUCUUGUCGAGUGUUUCCGUCUUUCUCUGGUCCACUUACUUUUUUGAUUUUGAAUACCAACGUUCCCAGCGGUGCCUUUCUUUGGAGUGUGUUUUUCUUCAAUUGAUUUUGCCGGGAAAUUCAAUUCUUGUUUGAUCCAUUCAUCGGGAUCAUGAGUUCGUCCGGAAGUAAUCCGGCAUUGCCGCCGCCACCGGCAGCUCCCGCCGUUUUCAACAUGCGCGAAAUGCGCGAGUCGCUGGCACUUGCCGAGCAGUUGGCCAAGGCGUCCAUGUCGAGCAAUAAGGGACGUUCUCAUCAGCUGCAACAACUGGACGCCAACAAUAACAACGAAGGAGAGGAAACGCCUCGUUCCUACGUUCCUCCAAAGCAACUGCUUCUCUAUUUGGUCAGGAUGGGAAGUUUCACUUCGGCACCCAAAAUGGUCAACGACGACGUCCAGGACGACGAUGUCGAUUUCGAAGGUAUCACCACUGUCGAGGACAUGUUGCAACGCUGUCGCAAAGAAUUGGCCGCUCUUCCAAUCCGCAUUGAACGCAAUUUCCCGCGUGAUCGCCCAGCCGGAAGUAUCCGCCUUCUGCAAUGGAACAUCUUGUCGCAAUCCCUAGGAGAACACAAUGAUAAUUUCGUUCGUUGCCCACUGGAAGCUCUUGAUUGGCGCACUCGACGUUACCGAAUCGUUGAAGAGAUUGUCGAAUACAAUCCUGACAUUAUUUGCCUUCAGGAAGUUGACCACUACCAGUUUCUAUCAAGGGCCUUGCGCACUCAGGGAUACGAGGGUAUCUAUUUCCCCAAACCGGAUUCCCCAUGCAUUUACAUCAAGGGCAACAACGGGCCUGAUGGAUGCGCAAUCUUCUAUCGCGCCAACGAUUAUGAAUUGAUUAAAGUUGAAACUCGAAUCGUCGAAGUUUGGCGUGUCCAGAGCAACCAGGUGGUUAUCUUGACAAUGCUGCGACACAAAGCCAGCGGUCGUGAGAUUUGUGUCGCCACGACGCACCUCAAGGCCCGCCAAGGCGCCCUAUUAUCGACGCUGCGCAACGAGCAGGGCAAAGACAUCCUGGACUUCCUGCAGAACAACGUGGACGUCGCCGACUGUCCCAUCAUCAUGGCAGGUGAUUUUAACGCUGAGCCAAAUGAGCCCGUCUACUCAACCAUUAGAUCGGACACGCGUUUCGGAUUCGAUUCGGCUUAUCGCUGCGAUGUCGACGGAGCCGAAGAGGCCGGCCAGGAGCCGCCUUACACGACGUGGAAAGUGCGCGGUGAAGGGGAAAGCUGCCACACUAUCGAUUACGUCUUCUUCAGCCGGCGACAACUCGGCGUCAAUCAGGUUUUGCCUUUCCCCACCGGAGAACAGAUUGGGCCGGAUCGUGUUCCUUCCUUCCAGUAUCCCUCCGAUCACUUUUCACUCGUCGUCGACUUUGACCUACUUCCCUCCGCCAGCCAAGCGAAUGGUGUUUUGAACAAGCUAUUGUGCGUUUAGAAUCAUAAAACAAAACAAACAAAAAAUGUACAUACGUAAUUUCUGUUGUCCAGCUCCAUUACGAUCCUGUUGAAACGUUUUUUUUUUUUACCCUCUUAAAAGUUUGAUUUGAUUCCGACAACCCCAUCCUAAAUGGCUCCACGGAUUGACUAUUUAUUUACUAAAACCACAAAAUGAUUCUUCUCUCGUUUCUGAUUUUGACGUGUCACUUGUAAUGCGUAGGUACCAAUUAUCAUGAACGCUGUUUCAAAUGACAACGGGUGAGGGUAGAGAUAAAUACACGCCUGUUUUGCGA